AGGUGUCUUUUAUAAGGUCUAAAUAUGCUAACCAACAGAAAUAAUAGUAGUUUUGAGUCGUACAUGAAAAUUAUGUUGAAAUUACAAGUCUAAUAUUAUUGCGCAUCCAAUGUGCUCCACAUAAUAAUGAUCGCAUCAGGUAAACGCCAUUUAAAUACAGAACAAAAGGCAGAGAAUUUGUCCUUCACACAUUAGAACAUCUUUAUCAAUGCACGUAUACAUUUUGUAUAGUCGAAGCGUUACGAAGCGACUAUACAGUGCAUGUAAGUAAGCAACGAGCCUUAUCACGAUAUUAUUACUAAUUUUAAUCCUCUUUCCUACGGUGGUGGUAUCUCGCUUUCUUCUCCAUAAAACCAAGCUAUUUAUAACAAAUUCAGCUUACUAAUGGGUGUAAAUAGUUCAUAAUGGCUAACGUAAGGAAUAAAGUAAACACACGUAAAAAUGAUUCAACAUCAAAUGGGAGGGGUAAGGUUGGUAGACCUAAGAAGUCGUUGGUUGAUGUGAUUAAUAAAAAUGAUAAACCCAUACAGGUAACCAAAGAUACGGUAACGAGUAGUUCAAAUGAAAAAGUGCAAAAUAACACACAGCUUGGACAGAAACUGAGCAGAAGGAGAACAAUUGGAGAGCUGAAUAAGCUGCCCAAAGACCCAAAAAUAGAAGUAAGAUUAUUGAAAAAAGGAAACACACUAAAGAAUGGCCACAUAAAACAUAAGAACAUACAUGACUUGAAAUUAUACAACAAUAUCUUGAAGAGCGAACUUUUGAUAAAAGAAAGUACAGAUGCAAGUUCUACAAACAAAUUGAACAAUAACAAUAAAUAUAUCACCGAUCAUAAUAAAGAUGAAAAUACCACAAUUUCUCUAUUCACUUCUGGUGAGUUGUUUAAAAACGAUCUAAGUAAUAAAAGAGAAAGAAGAUCAGAAAGACAUAAAAUAAAAACUAUUUUGAAGGAGAAGAGAAAAAAGAAACCGUUGAACAAGGAUUUGUUUUUUCAGUGUGACCACUGCCAAAGAAAGUUAUAUAGCAAAUCCUCUCUGAGGAGACACAUUUAUUUACACUUAGAUUUUAAAACAUACACCUGUAAGCAGUGCAAGAAAACUUUUCGCAAACAAUUAUAUUUGUCAGCCCAUAUCAAAAGACAACAUCCUAAUUGGGCAGAACAUUACAUGUGUACAAUGUGUGAUAAACCGUUUCUACUCCGUGAAAAUCUAAAAAAUCACCUCUUGAGUCAUGCAAGACUGGAGAGUAUGUUUAAAUGUAUUUAUUGCAAAGAACAAUAUUUAGACCAAGAGGACUUAAUAAACCAUGAAAAAGGUCACCUCGUUGAUGGCAAAUACCAAUGCAUUAUCUGUGAAAUGAGUUUUGACUGUCGAAACAGGCUGACCUUGCAUUACAAGACUCAUCUCAGAGUGAAGGAUUAUAUAUGUCAACAUUGUGGUAAAGAGUUUAUAAGAAUAAAUUCAAUGAGAAGGCAUGUUCAAAUCUGUCAUGCUGGUGUAAGAAUCCAAUGUCCAAUAUGUAAGAAAUAUUUAAAAGGACAUUUGACAGAGCAUAUACGUACGCAUGAGAAGGCACGCCCACAUAUAUGUCCAGAUUGUGGUCAACGUUUUACGCAAUCCACUCAGCUAAAUGUCCAUAGACGCUCGCAUACUGGAGCUCGUCCAUAUCCCUGUAGAAUAUGUGGACGACCAUUUUCUCAUUCCAAUGCACUAAUGCUGCAUAUAAGGAGGCAUACAGGUGAAAAACCAUUUGUAUGUGCAAUGUGUCCUUUAUCCUUUUCACAGCUUCCGCAUAUGAAAGCUCAUAUGAGGAACAUCCAUGGCAAAAUAAAUCCAUACAAAUGUCAAAACUGUAAGCAGUUCUUUAAGUUGAAGGUUGAUCUGGAGGGCCAUAAAAAGGUGUGCACAUCGAAGACUAAAAAAGGUUUAGCUGCAAAUGACGAUGAUGCAAUUAAAUUAGAAGAAAUUGAAGUGGAAUCUGUAAUGACCUUGUCACGAAUGAGGUUCUUGUUAGCACUACUUCUGACGAUGAUUGCUACGAAAGAAAAACUCAAAUAUUUAGGUUUUAACAAAAGGCUAAUAGACGACCUUCUGGUGGAAUCGUUAGAGGCUAUGGGACAUAAACCUUGUAAAGACAACACACUUACUCCUUUAAAACGUCUGAAAAUCAACAUAGACAUAUUAUUGAAUGGCACCGUCCCAAAAGAGAAAAUGGAUAAUUUCAGAAAAGAAAAUAAAAGCACUGAAGAAUUACUGGAGUUGCUUACAAAUGAGAAGAAGUGAUUUAACUUAUUCAUAGUCGGUAAGGUUAUUUAUUCUAUCUUAAUUAACAAACAUUCAGGUUAUCACAAUUUUUUGUACAACCUGUUAUAGGAUAUACAUGAAAAAAUUAAAUUGUAAUUUUUUUUUCAUGCUUGCAACUUGAUAGCUAAGCUGUAUCUGUAAAGCACAAAAGUACUGUAUUAUAAAGUUAAUUUAAAUUUUUUUUGUUAGUAGCCAA